AUGAAAGUUAACGACGGCCGGGUGGGUGUGCUUAUUGCCGCAUCUCUCUCUUGCGUCGCGGCCGCUCAAAGCGUCACUUCACCACCUGGAAUUGUCAAUGAUCCUAUCCUUAGCUCCAUCUCUGCUGUCAUCCCUCCUUUGACCACUCUAAACUCACCGCCCUUGAUACCCGACAAACUCCAAAAGCCGUCCGAUAUUUUCCUCCGCCAGGUCCACGCUGCUGCAAAUACCCCCGGUGCUUCUGUCUGCACUACCCUCAUCACUACCACUGGCCUUAUCCCCAGCGCUACCGCGUGUGCUUGCGGUGAAUCUCCCAGCUCUGGCUUGCCCUCCGUUAUUACUUCCGUUCUACAGACUGUUGAAAAACUACUGAAUGCUCUCGGUAACGCCGCCGGUAAUAUUGGCGCGCUUAGCCCUCUGCUUGCUGCAGUUACCGGUGCCAUCGACGCUCUGCUUGCUGCCCUUGGUGGGGUUACGUGUCUCGCUGGUGAUGCGCUGUUGUCGAUCUUCAAGAUCGUUGAUAACUUGGUCACUGUUAUUGAGAAUGUUGCACAGCAACUUGCCAAUAGCAGCGGUGUCUUGGCUCCCGUCCUCAAAUUGAUUCUUUCGGGUCUUAUCGGUAGCCUGAACAGCGUCAUUGGUACGCUUGCUUCUAUUCUCGCCAAGUCUAGUGGCUGCUACGACUGUGCUGAUAUCGACAACAUCAACAAGCUUAUCAACAGUGUCAACCAAAUUGGCGCUACGCUUUCUUCGCCUAUCACCAUUCCGUUGUUGAAACCGUGCACUAGUGGUCCCAUCACUUUGACUACGGUUGGACCUUGCCCAUCUAACACUGUGAACCCCUCUAGCCCAGCUCAGUCUAGCUCAGCUUCCCCAAGUCAGUCAGGUGCUUCUAGCUCUGGUGCACAAUCCGGCUCAGCUACUCCUAGCCAAUCUGGUGCUUCUAGCUCCGCUGCACAGUCCGGCUCUGUUGCAGCUACGGGCUCAGGUGCUUCUAGCUCAGGUGCACAGUCCGGCUCCACUAUCGCAAGCGGCUCAGGUGCUUCUAGUUCAUCUGCAGGUCCUUGUGUAACCUCAUCCGCACCUGGCAUUGUCAACGAUCCUAUUCUUAGCUCCAUCUCUGCUGUCAUCCCUCCUUUGACCACUCUAAACUCCCUUGUCCAACAGUGGCAGUCCAGUGAUGGUUUGGGUGGUGCUCUUGCUAUUCAGAACAGCUACUACCCGCUGUACAGCUCGGUUAUGAGCCUACAGGCUGCCGUUGCUAACCCUCCCCAGAUUGCUUCCAACAACGCUAUUGUCUACAUUAACUCGUUGAAUACCCUUGUUGCAGAUAUUGCAACUCUGAUGGAUAGCCUCAAUGCCAAGGCGAAUGCAUUUUCUGCAAACAAUGUUGGAGGCAUUGUUGUUGGAGACAUUACUUCGCUUGCGAGCCCAGCAUCUAAGAUCGAGGCCCAGCUAUUUGCCGGGUUCCCCAGUGAUAUUGCUUGUGCCGAUGUUUCUUCGGCAGCUAAGGUUGCUAGCAGUUUCUCAGCGGCAUUCGCUUCAGCAGUCAAGACCUUCACGAUCGCUCAAGGAAUUCCUGCGUUCCCUACAGCGCCUUCAGCCUGCUUGAGCUACUGUUCGGCUGUUUCCAGUGUUCCUGAGGGAGCUUCUAGCCCAGCUCACUCUGGUUCCUCUACCUCGAACCGUUCUGGUGCUUCCAGCUCUGGUGCUCCCUCUGGCUCAGCUACCCCCAGCCGUUCUGGUGCUUCUAGCUCCGGUGCUCAAUCUAGCUCAGCAACCCUUAGCGGCUCAGGUGCUUCUGGCUCCAGUGCUCACUCUUCUUCUGGAUCGGGUGCUCCUUCUGGAUCUCUCUGCACCAUUAUCAUGACCACUACCAUCACCAACCCGAGUCUGGUUCCUCGUGCGGCAUGUGCUUGUGGUGACUCACCCAGCUCUGGUCUGACCUCAGUUAUUACUUCUGUUCUCCAGACUGUUGAGAAUCUGCUCAACGGUCUUGCUGACGCCGCCGGCAAUAUUGCCGCGCUUGGCCCUCUGCUUGCUGCAGUUACCGGCGCUAUCGAGGCUUUGCUUGCUGCCCUUGGUGGCAUCACCUGUCUCGCUGGCGAUGCACUCCUGUCGAUCUUUAAGAUUGUUGAUAACUUGGUCACUGUUAUUGAGAAUGUUGCCCAGCAACUCGCUAACAGUAGCGGUAUCUUGGCUCCCGUCCUCAAAUUGAUUCUUUCGGGUCUUAUCGGUAGCCUGAACAGCGUCAUUGGUACGAUUGCUUCCAUUCUCGCCAAGUCUAGUGGCUGCUACGACUGUGCUGAUAUCGACAACAUCAACAAGCUUAUCAACAGUGUCAACCAAAUUGGGGCCACGCUUUCCUCGCCUAUCACCAUCCCGUUGUUGAAGCCGUGCACUAGUGGUCCCAUCACUUUGACUACGGUUGGACCUUGCCCAUCUAACACUGUGAACCCCUCUAGCCCAGCUCAGUCUAGCUCAGCUUCCCCAAGUCAGUCAGGUGCUUCUAGCUCUGGUGCACAAUCCGGCUCAGCUACUCCUAGCCAAUCUGGUGCUUCUAGCUCCGCUGCACAGUCCGGCUCUGUUGCAGCUACGGGCUCAGGUGCUUCUAGCUCAGGUGCACAGUCCGGCUCCACUAUCGCAAGCGGCUCAGGUGCUUCUAGUUCAUCUGCAGGUCCUUGUGUAACCUCAUCCGCACCUGGCAUUGUCAACGAUCCUAUUCUUAGCUCCAUCUCUGCUGUCAUCCCUCCUUUGACCACUCUGAACUCCCUUGUCCAACAGUGGCAGUCCAGUGAUGGUUUGGGUGGUGCUCUUGCUAUUCAGAACAGCUACUACCCGCUGUACAGCUCGGUUAUGAGCCUACAGGCUGCCGUUGCUAAUCCUCCCCAGAUUGCUUCCAACAACGCUAUUGUCUACAUCAACUCGUUGAAUACCCUUGUUGCAGACAUUGCAACUCUGAUGGAUAGCCUCAAUGCCAAGGCGAAUGCAUUUGUUGCAAACAAUGUUGGAGGCAUUGUUGUUGGAGACAUUACUUCGCUUGCGAGCCCAGCAUCUAAGAUCGAGGCCCAACUAUUUGCCGGGUUCCCAAGCGAUAUUGCUUGUGCCGAUGUUUCUUCGGCAGCUGAGGUUGCUAGCAGUUUCUCAGCGGCAUUCGCUUCAGCAGUCAAGACCUUCACGAUCGUUCAAGGAAUUCCUGCAUUCCCUACAGCACCUUCAGCCUGCUUGAGCUACUGUUCGGCUGUUUCCAGUGUUCCUGAGGGAGCUUCUAGUGCACGUUCUGCGGCCCCCAGUGGGUCUGAGGGAGCUUCCAGUUCACCUUCUGCGGCUCCCAGUGGAUCUAAGGGAGCUUCUAGUGCACCUUCUGCAGCCUCCAGUGCGCCCACAGCUGUAUCCAGUUCACCUUCUGCUGUCUCUAGUGCCCCUGCUGCUUCUGUCUGCACUACCCUCAUCACUACCACUGGCCUUAUCCCCAGCGCUACCGCGUGUGCUUGCGGUGAAUCUCCCAGCUCUGGCUUGCCCUCCGUUAUUACUUCCGUUCUACAGACUGUUGAAAAACUACUGAAUGCUCUCGGUAACGCCGCCGGUAAUAUUGGCGCGCUUAGCCCUCUGCUUGCUGCAGUUACCGGUGCCAUCGACGCUCUGCUUGCUGCCCUUGGUGGGGUUACGUGUCUCGCUGGUGAUGCGCUGUUGUCGAUCUUCAAGAUCGUUGAUAACUUGGUCACUGUUAUUGAGAAUGUUGCACAGCAACUUGCCAAUAGCAGCGGUGUCUUGGCUCCCGUCCUCAAAUUGAUUCUUUCGGGUCUUAUCGGUAGCCUGAACAGCGUCAUUGUCUAG